ACAAAUAGAAAAGAAUAGAAAAACAUCACCAGAGUAUCCUCCUAACUUGUUCCCAAAGCCAGAGCAAAUGGGUCAAGGACCAUCAGGCAACCGGCAAGGUCUCCCCGGAGACAGGAAACAAGACGGCGGCGACAAAAAGGAGAAAAAAUACGAGGCGGCAGCGCCGCCAUCAAGAGUGGGUAGGAAGCAACGGAAACAAAAAGGGCCAGAAGCAGCAGCCAGGCUACCGACAGUGACCCCAUUAACAAAGUGCAAGCUGAGGCUACUAAAACUCGAGAGAAUUAAGGAUUAUUUGCUGAUGGAAGAAGAGUUUGUGGGUAACCAAGAGAGAUUGAAGCCGCAGGAGGAGAAGGCUGAGGAGGAUAGAUCUAAAGUUGAUGACUUGCGUGGGACUCCUAUGAGUGUGGGUAAUUUGGAGGAGUUGAUUGAUGAGAAUCAUGCUAUUGUUAGCUCUAGUGUUGGGCCGGAAUAUUAUGUUGGGAUUUUGUCUUUUGUUGAUAAGGAUCAGCUGGAACCUGGGUGUGCUAUUUUGAUGCAUAAUAAGGUCCUUUCUGUAGUUGGACUUCUUCAGGAUGAAGUUGAUCCGAUGGUGUCUGUUAUGAAGGUAGAAAAGGCUCCAUUGGAAUCUUAUGCUGAUAUCGGUGGUUUAGAUGCCCAGAUACAGGAAAUUAAAGAAGCCGUUGAGCUCCCUUUGACUCACCCUGAACUCUAUGAAGAUAUCGGUAUUAAGCCUCCUAAGGGUGUCAUAUUAUAUGGAGAGCCUGGGACAGGAAAAACCUUGCUUGCAAAGGCAGUGGCAAAUUCAACAUCAGCGACUUUCUUACGUGUUGUUGGUAGUGAAUUAAUUCAAAAGUACUUGGGAGAUGGCCCAAAAUUAGUGAGGGAACUUUUCAGAGUUGCUGACGAUCUCUCUCCAUCAAUCGUCUUCAUUGAUGAAAUUGAUGCAGUUGGUACAAAGAGGUACGAUGCUCACUCAGGUGGUGAACGGGAAAUUCAACGAACCAUGUUAGAAUUACUGAACCAGUUGGAUGGUUUUGAUUCGAGAGGAGAUGUCAAAGUGAUUCUAGCAACUAACAGAAUUGAAAGUCUGGAUCCUGCUUUGCUCCGACCUGGUCGAAUAGACAGGAAGAUUGAAUUUCCACUUCCUGAUAUUAAAACAAGGCGGCGCAUUUUCCAGAUACACACAUCAAGAAUGACUUUGGCUGAUGAUGUCAACUUAGAAGAAUUUGUUAUGACCAAGGAUGAGUUCUCAGGAGCUGACAUAAAAGCCAUAUGUACUGAAGCUGGUUUACUUGCUUUACGCGAGCGACGCAUGAAGGUGACUCAUGCUGAUUUUAAGAAAGCUAAAGAAAAGGUGAUGUUCAAGAAGAAGGAAGGGGUACCAGAGGGUCUUUACAUGUGAAAAAUCGAUAUUGUGCUGUUAUUCAGAGAUACUUUGCUUUUCUGUUCUUUUUUUUCCUCUUUGGUUGGAUUCUGGUGUGUGUGUUGCUUUUGGUCAAGUAGUAGUAAUUUUAUUCUCAGUUAAAAGAAAACGGUAAAUUUUAUUCCGAACAAAGGAUCAUUUUACCCCCUCA